AUGAGCCAGACUCCUCCGAUUCUUCACGGGCCCUCAGAAAAGGAACGGAAAUAUGAUCGACAACUCCGUUUGUGGGCUGCGAGCGGCCAGGCAGCGCUAGAGUCGGCGAACAUACUCCUAGUGAACUCAGGGGCGGGGACCGUCGGUGCAGAGACUCUGAAGAAUCUCGUAUUGCCAGGCAUCGGCCGCUUCGCCAUCUACGAUGAGUCUCGAGUCAGUGAGGCCGACCUGGGUGUCAACUUCUUCCUGGACGACAGCUGCCUAGGCACGUCUCGGGCCCAGAGCCUGACCGAGCUCAUCCUGGAGCUCAACCCGGAUGUCCAAGGCAGCUGGUAUCCCAAUGAGGACACAAAGACCCUGGACUCACUAUUGAAUGACUCCCCGGUGUUCACCGUCAUCAUGUACACGCACCCGAUUCGCCCAGAGCAGCUCUCACGGCUCGAGGCCUAUGGCCAGCAGCACAAGACCCCGCUCGUGGCGAUUCACUCUGCUGGGUUCUACUCCUAUUUCCAGAUUAACCUCCCAGGGGCCUUCCCAAUUGUCGACACCCACCCAGACGAGACGGCAACCACUGACCUGCGGCUGCUGAACCCCUGGCCGGAGCUGGUGGCCUUUGCCGAGGAGUUGACCAAGGAUAUCGACGGCCUAGACAACUUCGAGCACGGUCACCUGCCAUAUGUGGUGAUCCUUCUCCACUACCUCGAGUCGGGGUUCUGGCUCAUCGCGGACGCCGUCAAGAAGUUCUACGAGGAGCAUCAAUGCCUACCCCUUCCUGGCAAGCUGCCCGACAUGAAGGCGCAGUCUAAGGUGUACAUUCAGCUACAAGGCAUCUACAAGGCCAAGGCACGCAAGGACGCCGCCAAGAUACUGGAAAUAGUACAGGCCUCGCCGGGUGGCGAGCACGUCAAUCCCGCAGAAGUGGAUCUCUUCUGCAAGAAUGCAGCCUUUGUCAAGCUAAUCAAUGCGACGGGGUGGAGGGGCAAGCAGCAGCGGUGCGAAGAUCAGCAGAGCAGAUCGUUUGAAGGCAGCGGCGGACGAGUCAUCCAUCUCCACACGUAUCGGCCCCGUCAACACGAAGAAGGCGGGGAAGCGAACAAGAAGCGAGAAGGAAGCGAGAGCAAGGAGUCAAAGACUAACGAAAGGGUGGCAUCGCCACCGCUGACUUACCAGACCGCGAGUUCGCCAACGACGAGACCGCCGCUUUCUCGCUCUCCCCGCUCUCCCUGCUACCAAUCUACCUCGCCCUCCAAGCGACAGCCCACCGGGGGCUUCAGCGCCGACGCCAUCCUCGCGGCGGUCGCCCAGGCGGUGCCCGGCGCGGAGAAGCGGGAGGGCGUGGUGCAGGCCGCGCACGAGGUGGCGCGGGCCGCCGGGGGCGAGCUGCACAACGUCGCCGCGCUGACGGGCGGCAUGGUGGCGCAGGAGACCAUCAAGAUCGUGACCAAGCAGUACAUCCCCGCCGACAACACGUGCGUGUAUGAUGGCAUUGGGGGCAGGGUGCAGGUGCUGAGGCUGUGA